AUGAAAGAAAAGUCUAAAAAUGCUGCCCGGACGAGGAGGGAGAAAGAAAACAGUGAAUUUUAUGAACUGGCUAAAUUACUGCCUUUACCCUCAGCCAUCACCUCGCAGCUGGACAAAGCAUCCAUAAUCAGACUCACGACCAGCUAUCUCAAAAUGAGAGUGGUUUUCCCAGAAGGGCUUGGCGAGGCGUGGGGCCACACCAGUCGAACCAGUCCCUUGGACAACGUUGGUCGAGAACUCGGCUCUCAUCUACUACAGACUCUGGAUGGCUUCAUCUUCGUGGUGGCCCCAGAUGGAAAGAUCAUGUACAUUUCUGAGACAGCAUCAGUUCACCUGGGCCUUUCUCAGGUGGAGCUGACUGGGAACAGCAUCUACGAAUACAUCCACCCAGCUGACCAUGACGAGAUGACAGCGGUGCUCACGGCUCACCAGCCAUACCACUCUCAUUUCGUCCAGGAGUAUGAGAUUGAACGCUCCUUCUUUCUGAGGAUGAAGUGUGUUUUAGCCAAGCGGAACGCUGGCCUCACUUGCGGUGGCUACAAGGUCAUUCACUGUAGCGGCUACCUGAAGAUCCGCCAGUACAGCCUGGAUAUGUCGCCCUUCGAUGGGUGCUACCAGAAUGUGGGCUUGGUGGCUGUGGGUCACUCCCUGCCUCCGAGCGCUGUCACAGAAAUCAAACUACACAGCAACAUGUUCAUGUUCCGAGCCAGUCUGGACAUGAAGCUUAUUUUCCUGGACUCCAGGGUGGCGGAGCUGACUGGGUAUGAACCUCAGGACUUGAUUGAGAAGACCCUAUACCAUCACGUGCAUGGCUGUGACACCUUCCACCUACGCUGCGCGCAUCACUUACUGUUGGUGAAGGGACAAGUGACCACCAAGUACUACAGAUUCUUGGCGAAGCACGGCGGUUGGGUCUGGGUGCAGAGUUACGCCACCAUCGUUCACAACAGCCGCUCCUCGAGGCCGCACUGCAUCGUCAGCGUCAAUUACGUUCUCACAGACACAGAAUACAAAGGUCUGCAGCUCUCCCUGGACCAGAUCUCAGCCUCUAAGCCCACCUUCUCCUAUGCUAGUAGCUCCACCCCCACCAUCACUGACAACAGGAAGGGGAAUAAGUCGCGGCUAUCCAGCACCAAGUCAAAAUCCAGGACCUCCCCAUAUCCCCAGUAUUCGGGAUUCCACACUGAAAGAUCGGAAUCUGACCAUGACAGCCAGUGGGGUGGAAGUCCCCUGACUGAUAGCGCCUCCCCACAGCUCCUGGACCCAGAGAGGCCUGGUUCUCAGCACGAAGUGUCAUGUGCCUACAGGCAGUUCCCAGAUCGCAGCUCCCUCUGCUAUGGCUUUGCACUGGAUCAUUCCAGGCUGGUGGAGGACAGGCACUUCCACACUCAAGCCUGUGAGGGAGGCCGCUGUGAGGCAGGCAGGUACUUCUUAGGAGCACCACCAACUGGCAGAGAUCCCUGGUGGGGAUCUCGAGCACCCUUGCCACUUACCAAGGCCUCCCCGGAGAGCAGAGAAGCCUAUGAGAACAGCAUGCCGCAUAUCACCUCUGUCCACAGAAUCCAUGGUCGAGGUCACUGGGACGAAGAUAGUGUGGUCAGCUCUCCAGACCCUGGGUCAGCCAGUGAAUCAGGUGACCGGUACCGCACUGAACAGUACCAAAAUAGCCCACAUGAACCUAGCAAAAUUGAAACUCUCAUAAGAGCCACGCAGCAGAUGAUAAAAGAGGAAGAGAACAGAUUACAGCUAAGGAAAGCGCCUCCAGACCAACUGGCUUCCAUUAAUGGAGCUGGGAAAAAACACUCUCUCUGUUUUGCAAACUAUCAACAGGCUCCACCGUCAGGUGAAGUCUGCCACAGCUCUGCUCUUGCCAGCAAUUCACCAUGUGACCAUAUCCAGCAGAGAGAGGGCAAGAUGCUCAGCCCUCAUGAAAAUGACUAUGACAACAGCCCCACUGCACUGUCUCGGAUGAGUAGUCCCAGUUCUGACCGCAUUACAAAAUCCAGUUUGAUCUUGGCUAAAGACUAUCUACAUUCAGAUAUGUCUCCUCAUCAGACAGCAGGAGACCAUCCUGCCAUCUCUCCAAACUGCUUUGGCUCCCACCGGCAGUAUUUUGAUAAGCAUGCCUAUACAUUAACUGGAUAUGCCCUGGAGCAUUUAUAUGACAGUGAAGCCAUUAGAAACUAUUCCUUGGGAUGUAAUGGCUCACACUUUGAUGUAACUUCCCAUCUGAGGAUGCAGCCAGACCCAGCACAAGGACACAAGGGAACAUCUGUUAUAAUAACCAAUGGAAGCUGA